CAACAGAGCAGAGGAGACGUGUGAGGACAGACGGCAGUUAAAGAUGAACAGCUUGUUUUCCAGGAUGUCCAGAUGCAGGCCAUGGAGCUGGUUCUGAACAACUCAGAGAAACACCUGGGGGAGCUGUGCUCCAUCUUGGCCUCCUACACCAGGAAGACAGCCAAGCUCAGGGACAAGGUGGACGUGUUGGUGUCUGCACUCUUUGACUUCUCCCGUUCAGAGGAUCCAGAGUUUCAGGUCGGCCUCAACAACCUGGCAGAAGAUCUGGCAAUGGUUCAGGAUUACCGGCACGCUCAGGUGGAGAGACUAGAGACAAGAGUCGUUUCUCCUCUUAAAGCCUAUGGAGACAUAUUCAAACAUAAAAGGACGGAGCUGAAGAAGUUCAGCGCCGACCUGAACAGAGAGCAGAAGGAGGUACAGAAACUGGAAAAACUCCGUCUGAGGAACCCUGCAGACCGGCAAAGACUCGUAUCCUUCAUCCAGAAACCGUUCUUCUACAUCAAACAUGACUCCUUUCACUGCAUUUCUAUCCGAGUUAAAGGAACAACAUCAACUACUUUCACUAUGUCUCUAUCCGAGUUAAAGGAACGACACAACUCCUUUCACUGCAUUUCUAUCCGGGUUAAAGGAACAACAUCAACUCCUUUCACUGCCUUUCUAUCCGAGUUAAGGGAACAACAUCAACUACUUUCACUGCCUUUCUAUCCGAGUUAAGGGAACAACAUCAACUACUUU